CGCAGGCGCGCUGCGUGCCCUCCCUCCAUUCACUGAAAUACGCAAGCGGUCUCCGGGGAGGCCUUGUACGUGCGGUGACGUCAUUAGCCGGCGGAGGUCGGGACCGGCUCUCGCACGUGAUCGCCUCGCGCACAGGCCUGCCUCGGAGGUCGGGACCGGCUCGCACGCAGGCCUGCCUCGAUCCCUCCCCGCUUUCUUGCCGCGGUUAAUCUUUGCCAGCCCUGAUUACACGGACCAUGGGGGACGGAGAGAAGCUCAACCUCGACUCCAUCAUACAGCGGCUGCUGGAGGUGAAGGGAUGUCGUCCUGGGAAGAACGUCCAGCUGACAGAGAAUGAGAUCCGCGGGUUGUGUCUGAAGUCGCGUGAGAUCUUCCUCAGCCAGCCCAUCCUCCUGGAGCUGGAGGCCCCACUAAAGAUCUGCGGAGACGUUCACGGUCAGUAUUAUGACCUUCUUCGACUCUUUGAAUAUGGCGGGUUUCCCCCAGAAAGCAACUACCUCUUCCUGGGUGACUACGUGGACCGCGGCAAGCAAUCUCUGGAAACCAUCUGCCUCCUGCUGGCGUACAAGAUCAAAUACCCAGAGAACUUCUUCCUGCUUCGUGGAAACCACGAAUGUGCCAGCAUCAACCGCAUCUACGGCUUCUACGACGAGUGUAAGAGGCGCUAUAAUAUAAAGCUGUGGAAGACCUUCACCGACUGCUUUAACUGCUUACCCGUCGCUGCCAUUGUGGAUGAGAAGAUCUUCUGCUGCCAUGGAGGUCUGUCCCCCGACCUGCAGUCCAUGGAGCAAGUGCGGAGGAUACUGCGGCCCACCGACGUCCCCGAUCAGGGCCUCUUGUGCGAUCUCCUGUGGUCCGACCCCGACAAGGACGUUCUAGGCUGGGGAGAAAAUGACCGCGGGGUGUCGUUUACAUUUGGGGCUGAUGUCGUAGCAAAGUUUCUUCACAAGCACGACCUGGAUCUGAUCUGCAGAGCACAUCAGGUUGUGGAGGACGGUUAUGAAUUCUUUGCCAAGCGACAGCUGGUGACGCUCUUCUCUGCGCCCAACUACUGCGGGGAGUUUGACAACGCCGGCUCCAUGAUGAGUGUGGAUGAGUCGCUGAUGUGCUCCUUCCAGAUACUGAAGCCUGCUGACAAGAAGCUAUUUGGUUAUAGUGGUGCUAACCAGAGCCGCCCCGUCACCCCACCCCGAAAUUCUGCCAAAAACAAGCAAAAGAAAUAAUCACCCCUGUCCUUCCCCCUCGUGUCCCCACUUCCCUCAGUCCCCCCCAACACACUGACAUUAACCUCCCUCCAGGACUCCUGAAAUCUAUUCCUCCUCUUCCUCUUUGGAGGAGGACUCUGGGCUGGGAGCCUUCACGUUACCUCGCACUGACACAGGGUCUCCAGGGAUGAAGACCACCUGCUAUAGGAGCCGUCUCUGCCUUAACUCUGUGGACGCGGCCGGUUGAGAUGCGCAGAGUCCGUUCUUCCUUGCGGUGCCUUACUGCAGUGUGGUGGCCAUACAGCAAACGGUCUCAGGGCUUUUAUUGCACACAGUAGCAGAACACCACCCAGACAUGAGCCGCCCCACCAUCUGUAGGACUGUGCGCCUUGUGUCUGCGUUACGUUUACGUUGCCUUUUUAUCUUUGUGUGUGUGUCAGCUGUGAGGUUGUGGCACUGCCAGUCCUGCCAUCAAGGCCCGGUUUGCUGGAAACUGUUCUGCAGCUGCUGUAGAGGCCACCGGUUGCCUACCUCCUGUAGAACAUCUGAAUGUGUCCCUAUGCGAGGACGUGGCCACGUUUGCUGAGUGUUUUUUAGAUCCACUGCUGGACUUCUAGAUCCGAUACGGAGAGUCCAGUCCUCUAUUCUGCGUUGACCUCUCUUACUCGGGGACCAGCAGGUGCCUUUCUCCAGUACCCGCGUGGCGCUCAUCUCCGGGUGUAAAAGUAAAACCACUCGUGCUGGAUUCGUAUUCCUCUCUGGCGACCCAUGUGUGUCGCAUCAUUUCUGCUGAACCCUAAUGGCGCACGGACCCCCGGCCAGGUUCUAUAAACUGGCAUUUACGGGGGCAUUAUUUUCUGGUGCUUCAGGAUUAAGGGGGCACAAGACGAAGGGUGAGCCAACCACUAUAGCGACUCUCGGUUACUGCUGUAAUGUCUUGCACUUGGGUCAGGUUUUACCGGUCGCCUGCUAUGGGCAGAAGCCAUGUUUCAUGGGCUUCACAGACCGACCUACUGGUUGUGCCCUGCAUGGCCCCCUACCCCCGUGUAUGUGGCGGGUAAGGCUGGAUGCUGGAGAUGUACCUACUGUCUACCUGAACUGCUGCUGCUGGGAUUUUCUGACCGUUUUGUUUCUUCUGUGGCGCCCGUGCAGAUGGUGACGUACCACGUGUGGAUGGCACUUUUGCUAAAUGUGCUUUCAAUCUUGGACGUGUAGGGUGAGACGUGGACCCCUGUUACAUGAUAGAGCUCCAGAGACUGAUUUACAUGGAUUGGCCUCUAGUCACAUCCACAGCUGCAUUCAUUGUAUUGGUCAGAACUGUUGAGAUUUGCCCCUUAUGAUUCCAUAAUGCUUUGCGCGGUGGGAGCAAAGUGCGACACGAGGGGGGGGGGGGUGCGAGACAUUAUGGGAUCACUGUUAAAGCUGUGCGGAGUUUGGUAGCAUACUGCUAACGGAUGGCUGCCAGUAGAAUUGUGACUGCAGCUCUGGGUGUGACUGGAGCGGUAAUGAUUAUGACUUGAACCUGUGCUUGAAUUGCUGCUCAGGGACCAAUAAGAGUCAGUGUUUUUUUUUUUUUUGUCUCUUUUUUUAAAGUGUAGGGAUCAUCGGAGUAUGGCUUCAUGCACGUGACCAUAUCCGUUAUGCAGUCCGUGUACCUGCAAAAUACACAUACUGGCCGUGUGCAAGCUGCAAAAAAAAAAAAGUGGAUCGGACGAGGACCCAGAACCGUGGUCGUGUGCUUGAGGCCUAUGGCAGCGGAGGCCGGUAACUAGCAUCUCCGCAUUCAGCUGGCCCUGUCAGUCCUCUGACUGUAAAUGAUGGGAAGUGUAGUCCUGAGUUUACAUAUCGGUUCCCAUCGGAAGGGAUGGACAGGGCGGCUGACGACGAGUGGGGGUAACAUUCCUGUGUCUCUUCCCUGUUGAAAAGCUGAAUUUGGGGUUUUUAAUGGGAAUUUCUAUCUUGUCUGAAAUAAAGUGAAUGCAGAAAUGA